CAUCUGUUUCUAAGGCGUGGGCUGAACUGACAGAAGAAAAGCUGAAAGCGUGAAACUCAGGCAAACAGUUUUGGCAGGGUGAGUCCCCGGCUUCUGGAGGAAAGGGAAGUUAAGGCAGUGGACGGGCGACAUAGGAGGGAGACACCAUGGAACCUGGCUUCACCUCCAAGGACACUUAUCUGAGCCAUUUUAACCCUCGAGAUUACCUAGAAAAAUAUUACAGCUUUGGGUCCACAAACUCUGCAGAAAACCAGAUUCUUAGGUUCCUUCUGAAAACUCUUUUCAAGAUAUUCUGCCUAGGUGGCGUGAAGGGGAACCUCCUGAUUGACAUUGGCUCUGGCCCCACCAUCUAUCAGCUCCUCUCUGCUUGUGAAUCCUUCAAGGAGAUCAUUGCUACUGACUACGCUGAUCAGAACCUGCAGGAGCUGGAGAAGUGGCUGAAGAAGGAGCCAGGGGCCUUCGACUGGUCGCCAGUGACGGCCUAUGUGUGUGAGCUCGAAGGGAACAGAGUGAAGAGGACAGAGAAGGAGGAGAAGCUGAGGAGGGCGGUCAAGCAGGUUCUGAAGUGCGACGUCACUCAGAGCCGGCCGCUGGGUGCCGUCUCCCUGCCCCAAGCCGACUGCCUGCUCAGCAUGCUGUGCUUGGACGCCGCCUGCCCAGACCUCCCUGCCUACCACACAGCCCUCAGGAACCUCAGCAGCCUGCUAAAGCCUGGGGGCUACCUGGUGAUCAUGGACGCCCUGAAGAGCAGCUGCUACAUGAUUGGCGAGCAGAGGUUCUCCAGCCUCUGUCUGGGCCGGGAGGCCAUAGAGGCUGCUGUGAGACAGGCUGGCUACACCAUCGAGCAGUUUGAGGUGCUCUCUCAAAGCUAUUCUUCCACCAGGGCCAACAAUGAAGGACUUUUCUCCCUGGUGGCACGGAAGCUGAGCAGCUCUGCGUAACACUUUGUGAUCACAAUUAAAGCAAUUCCUCUGACUUA